AUGGCGGACAGUAACGUUGUCGGGAAGUCUUUGGUUUUAAACACCACUUCAUCAGUUUUUAACAUUUCGGGUUUACCGAGACAUAUGUUGUGUUAUCUGUGGGGAAACUGUACCAAUGACACGCGGGACUUGUCUUUCCCGUUUGAUCGAUGUGAUGGCGCUGUGUUCGAUUCCUACGUGGAUUACACCCAGAUCCCCGCCGUUCAUACUGCGAUAAUCGUGUGUUAUCUUCUGGUAAUGGUCUUUGCUGUAUUCGGGAACAUCCUGGUGAUCUGGACGAUCUGGAGGAACACCCAUAUGCAUACUGUUACCAACUAUUACAUUGUAAAUCUCGCCUUGUCGGAUUUUCUCGUGUCCUCCAUUGUUCUGCCGCUUAAACUCCUGGAAUACACAAGCCCCUGUGAUUGGCAGAUAUUCAGCCAUGACGCACUUUGUGCUGUCGUCUACUACAUCCUUCCAAUUUUCGUCUUUGCCAGCGUUCUCACUCUCGUCGCCAUUUCGUUAGAAAGGUACUAUGCCAUAGUCCAUCCCCUGUCCGCAAUGAAGGUGAACAGCAAAUCCAGGACAAAGAAGAUAAUAGCGGUCACGUGGGUCAUUCCCAUAGUGAUCUGCACGCCUUACCUAUAUUGUGGAAGUUUUGCCUUUGAAUUUCGUAGCCAUUAUGGAACAGUGUCCCGCCAAAUUUGUGCUGACCGGUUUGAUGAGAUAGAUGGCGGCACCGGAAACUUCCGUCGAGUGUUCUUUCUCGUGCUAGCAGCGUUCAUGUACUUUCUGCCAAUGAUAAUCAUCAUCACAACAUGUUCUAGGAUCGCCAGGUCUUUGCUUCAACCAAUCAUCAUCGAGAGCUCGCAAUCUGGUGCAAGAAAUUGUAAACGGCGAGACGAGGUCAAUAAGCGCAAGGUUGCCCGGAUGGUGAUAGUGAUAGCAGUAGCCUUCAUCCUGUCCUGGUCCCCGAUGUAUGUGGUCAAUAUUGUCAGUCAGCUACAAGGUCAAGGUGACAGCUUCCUUGUUCAUAGUAACUUCUUGUUCACUAUGCUAAUCGUAAACCUCGCUGGAUUUAUCAACAGUUGUGUUAAUCCUUUUAUCUACACCGCCAUGAGUAAAAAAUUCCGGAAAAGUUUUGGUCGGACACUUGGUAAAAUAUUCUGUAAUUAUUACUGUCGACAGAGGUUGUUCCUAUACAGAGAUAGUAUCAUACAGCGACGAUCAACGGCGUAUACUAGCGCGUCACGGGGGUCGUUCAUUGACCCGGAAGCAGAACCACUACAAAGUGAGAUGAGAGAGAGACCACCCAUCAAAGGAAAGGAAUCGCAUAGCAGCAGUAGCGAGGGUGACUCUUCCUGGCGGUCACAAACUAGGCUGUGUAAAACUGCGAAAGGGAGACAACCUAUGACACAGGAGAACGUGUGUGGGUCUAAUGAGGGCGAUACGGUUGAACAGUCAGGUAUCUGUGCCGAAAUGCCUACUGUGACUUCUUCUUGUCCAUCAUCUGUCCAGAUCACCAGCAAUGACUACACUGGACACGGCAGAUCAGUUACGAACGGUCAGAUUAUGCCAAGACAAUGCAAAAUUCGUAGCUUUAUGGAGCCAAACAAAAACGGAAUUAAGACGGAGACGUUCAUCAUGCGUGACAUCAAACCAACAGAGUGUGACGCAGACGGGCAUGUGCGCACACUGACCAUGUGUAUCGGGGACAUAAACGAGGCAGAGUCUGUUGAGAUUAAACAGGACGCAUGCCCGUGA